CACCUCAUUCCGUGCGCCUCUGGGCGGGCGUGUUGCUGAUGCACCGAAAAGGAACUUGGGUAGCUCCUUGAGGACUCGCUUGGUUUUUUCGACGCACUUUGGACCUUUUGCCUGCCUGCGUGCGAACCUGCCUGCUGCUGCUCGCCUGCAACCAACUCUAAAAUGAAUUUCGCCAAGCACUUCAUCGGCGGCAUUCUGAAUGUGGUCAGCAACAUCGAUCCGGCCAUCUUUGUCCCGUCGGCUCCGCCCCCGCCUCGCAGACCUCUGGCGUUCGAGGAGGCCCACGAAAACGAUGAGGAGAAAGCGUUUCGCCGAGCCUUCAAGAAGCUGGCGGGAGAUGACAUGGAGGUGAACCCCAAAGAGCUGAUGCACAUUCUCAACCAAGUUCUCAUCAAGCAUGGCAAUUUGAAGACGGACGGCUUCAGCAUCGAGUCGUGCCGCAGCAUGGUGGCUGUCAUGGAUAGCGACAGCACGGGCAAGCUGGGCUUCCACGAGUUCAAAUACAUGUGGAACAACAUCAAGAAAUGGCAGGGCAUCUACGUGUCUCACGACAAGGACAAGUCGGGAGUCAUCUGUAGCAAAGAGCUCUCGCACGCCUUCAAGGCGGCAGGCUUCCCUCUCAACGACGAGCUGUACAAGAUGAUCAUCCGUCGCUAUAGCGACGAGCACGGCGACAUGGACUUUGACAACUUUGUGGGCUGCCUGGUGCGACUGGACGCCAUGUGCAGAGCCUUCAAGACUCUGGAUAAGGGAAACAAUGGCUCAAUUAACCUGGACAUCAAAGAGUGGCUUCAGCUGACCAUGUACUCGUGAAGCUCGGACGCUGUCGUCACGCCAAAGGGACCAAAAGGCAACAAAAGCAAGUGAGGAGAAAAGGCCCAGCUGCCAUGUCCACUUCCUGCUGCUGCCACAACACAUGAAAAUAAAAACAUCUCAAACCA